CUCGGGGCCGUGCGCGUGCGCGCCGUGGCCAAGCAAGGCGGAAGCGGAAGUUGGGGGGCGCGUCAGCUCUGUGAGUGGGAGCUCCCGCGGCGUCGGUCCGGUGUGGGGUCGCCAUGGGACGAGGCAGCGGCACCUUCGAGCGUCUCCUAGACAAAGCCACCAGCCAGCUUCUGCUGGAGACCGACUGGGAGUCAAUUCUACAGAUCUGCGACCUGAUCCGUCAGGGGGACACACAAGCAAAAUAUGCUGUGAAUUCCAUCAAGAAGAAAGUCAAUGACAAGAACCCACAUGUAGCUUUGUAUGCUCUGGAGGUUAUGGAGUCCGUGGUGAAGAACUGUGGCCAGACAGUCCACGACGAGGUGGCCAAUAAACAGACCAUGGAAGAGCUGAAGGAGCUACUGAAGAGGCAAGUGGAAGUCAAUGUCCGGAACAAGAUCCUGUACCUGAUCCAGGCCUGGGCACAUGCCUUCCGGAACGAGCCCAAGUACAAGGUGGUCCAGGACACCUACCAGAUCAUGAAGGUAGAAGGACAUGUCUUCCCAGAAUUCAAGGAGAGUGAUGCCAUGUUUGCUGCUGAAAGAGCCCCCGACUGGGUGGAUGCCGAGGAGUGCCACAGAUGCAGAGUACAGUUUGGGGUGGUCACUCGCAAGCACCAUUGCCGGGCAUGCGGGCAGAUCUUCUGUGGCAAGUGUUCCUCCAAGUACUCCACCAUCCCCAAGUUUGGCAUCGAGAAGGAGGUGCGCGUGUGUGAGCCCUGCUAUGAACAGCUGAACAAGAAAGCUGAAGGAAAAGCUGCUUCUACCACUGAGCUGCCCCCAGAGUACCUGACCAGCCCCCUGUCACAGCAGUCUCAGCUGCCCCCAAAGCGGGAUGAGACAGCCUUGCAGGAAGAGGAAGAGUUGCAGCUGGCUCUGGCCCUGUCACAGUCAGAGGCUGAGGAGAAGGAGAGGAUGAGACAGAAGUCAACAUAUACAGCGCACCCGAAGGCAGAGCCUGCGCCCUUGGCAUCCUCUGCACCCCCCGCCAGCAGCCUAUAUUCCUCACCUGUGAACUCGUCAGCUCCUCUGGCUGAGGACAUCGACCCUGAGCUUGCACGGUACCUCAACCGGAACUACUGGGAGAAGAAGCAGGAGGAGGCUCGGAAGAGCCCCACGCCGUCCGCACCUGUGCCCCUCACAGAGCCAGCUGCCCAGCCUGGGGAGGGGCAUGCAGCCUCUGCAAACGUGGAGGCUCCUCUCCCAGAGACAGACUCUCAGCCCAUAACUUCCUCUGGCGGACCCUUUAGUGAGCAGUACCAGAAUGGGGAGUCAGAGGAGAGCCACGAGCAGUUCCUGAAGGCCCUGCAGAAUGCCGUCAGCACCUUCGUCAACCGCAUGAAGAGCAACCAUAUGCGGGGCCGCAGCAUCACCAAUGACUCGGCUGUGCUCUCACUCUUCCAGUCCAUCAACAGCAUGCACCCACAGCUGCUUGAGCUGCUCAACCAGCUGGAUGAGCGUAGGCUAUAUUAUGAGGGGCUUCAGGACAAGCUGGCACAGAUACGUGAUGCGCGAGGGGCUCUGAGUGCCCUACGUGAGGAGCACCGAGAGAAGCUACGGCGGGCUGCUGAGGAGGCUGAGCGCCAGCGCCAGAUCCAACUGGCUCAGAAGCUGGAGAUCAUGAGGCAGAAGAAACAGGAGUAUCUGGAGGUGCAGAGGCAGCUGGCUAUCCAGCGCCUACAGGAGCAGGAGAAGGAACGGCAGAUGCGCCUGGAGCAGCACAAGCAGACUGUCCAGAUGCGUGCCCAGAUGCCUGCCUUCCCUUUGCCCUAUGCGCAGCUCCAGGCUAUGCCCACAGCUGGGGGUGUGCUCUACCAGCCCUCAGGCCCAACCAGCUUUCCUGGCACCUUCAGUCCAGCAGGCUCAGUAGAGGGUUCCCCGAUGCAUGGUGUGUACAUGAGCCAGCCAGCCCCCGCCACUGGCCCCUACCCCAGCAUGCCUGGCACCACAGCAGAUCCCAGCAUGGUCAGUGCCUACAUGUACCCAGCGGGUGCCCCUGGGACACAGGCAGCCCCCCAGGCCCAGGCAGGGCCCACUGCCAGCCCUGCCUACUCUUCCUACCAGCCCACUCCCACCCCAGGUUACCAGAAUGUGGCUUCCCAGGCCCCACAGAGCCUCCCAGCCAUCUCCCAGCCACCACAGUCCAGCACCAUAGGCUACAUGGGGAGCCAGCCAGUGUCCAUGGGCUACCAGCCAUACAACAUGCAGAAUCUCAUUAGCACCCUCCCAGGCCAGGAUGCGUCUCUGCCAGCCCAGCAGCCCUACAUCGCAGGGCAGCAGCCCAUGUACCAGCAGAUGGCACCCACCAGCGGCCCUCCCCAGCAGCAGCCUCCUGUGGCCCAGCCACCACCUGCACAGGGACCGCCAGCACAGGGCAGUGAAGCCCAGCUCAUCUCAUUCGACUGACCCCUAGUUGGGCACUCACCAUCCAGAGUAACACUACGGUUCAUCCAGAACCACCUCCGUGUCUAACUAGCCAUUUCCUCUCGUCACUGCCCUGUAAUGUCCCUUCUCUCUUGAGCAAUGGGUGGGCCUUCACCCUCAGUGCUCUGCCCUAUAUCCUCAGCUGUCUGGUCUCUGUCACUGGUUUCCUGCUUUGGUUCUGACUAUCUCUGACUUUCCCCAACGCUGAGCCUCAGGGAGGGAGGGGCCUUCUCUGGAGAGCGCCCAGCCCUGUGUUGGGGCCUGCCAGAGUCGGCUGCAGCAGGGAUGCUUAGCCUGUUCCAGAGUUGAUAGGAGCUAGCUGUGUGGUGUCUAGGCCUGGCCCUGGCACUUUGCAGGAACGCUUUGGCUCUUGCAUAGCAAGGGUAGAGGCUUUAGGCAUCUCUGUCCCUCCUGUUUCUCAGCUGUCAUCUCUCCAGUGCAGAACAGUGAUAAUAAACGUAUUUCAAAAGA